AUGGAUUCCUUUAAUCUGCCAAGUCACGGUAAGAAGACUUCUCCUGUCCUGGGAAAACUUCAAUCAUUUGAAGAUAAAUCUGGUGCACGAAUUGAUGUUAUUCUAAACAUUGUUGGAGAUCCCGAUCAACGUGAGAAGGCAUUAACCUUGAUCAAAGAAGCUGCUGAAAAUGCUUCUUUUAUCCCGAGAUAUGGAAACUUCAUAUUACCCGAAUCGAACCUAAAUACAAAAUUCGAAUUUGUCAGAUUUGAUGAACUCGAUCGAUAUUUCAUUAAACUGGAAAAAAGUAAGGAAGGUGAACUCGAAAGAAAGUUAGAUGAACUUCAGAUAGCACAAACCAACACUCCCCUUUCACAUUUUACAAGUAUUGAUAAUUUAACUUCCUGCCUGAAUCAAUUAUUAUCGAAACCUUCUAAUAACGAUAAAUAUAUAUUGAAACCCAGAAUAUUUUUUGGAAAGUGUUUAUUCUUUGAAAUCAAAAAUCCCGAAAAACCAUUUACUUUACAAGAAUGGCUUAAUUUUCAACUGUUGCCAAGAACCCGUCGUAUGGAUAACGAUAGGAUUGGUAGUUCUGAGUUUAAUCAAGAUGUUCCAACGUUCCUGGAAAAUUUCGAAAAACUUCGAUACAAUUUUGAAUUUAAAGAAGACGAGAAGAGGGUUGCAAAAGGAGAUGUUCAAGGGACAUCCUACAUAUAUUAUGAUGUCGAAUCUAAUGUGAAAAGAAAAUUGAAGUUAAGAUGGAAUGUAGACGAGAAAAAAUGGGAAAUAAGCAAACACAUUCGUAAUUAUAAUCGUCUUGCAAAUUUCGAUUUUAUAUCCGGGUCCAAAACACCUGACUUCAGGUUGUCCGCUAAAACACAUUUCGAGAUCUUACCAAAAAAUUUCCAGACGGAAUGGUUUGAAAAUAUCCAAACUGAUAUACCUGGGUUGUGGUAUAAAAAAAUUGAUAAAAAUAUUAAAAAUGUUGUCGUACGACAGGUCAUAGAAAAAAGACGUUUUAGCAAUAAAUGUUACAAAUUAACGUUUUCAACCAUCAGACAAGAGAAUAAAAUGGGAACUGUGAAUCAAAAAUUUAUAACUUUGAAACAUCAUUCGUGGAGUCAAGACGAAAUUGAUUUGAAUAACAAUGAGCAUUUCAAUAAUGUUGUUAACGCAAUACAUUUCGCGAAAGAAAUCUUGAGUCAAAUGUAA